AUGAAUACCUACGCGUUCACGGUCCCUGCGCGGAUCAAGGCCCAGGUAGUUCCUCAGGACGGGCUUGACAGGGCGGAGUUCGCGACGUGUUUGUCGUCGCUGCAGCGGGUCGCAGAGGUCAGACUGGUAGACGUGAUGCCGUGCGCUGGGCUGUUCAAUCCGCAGGCGUAUCCCCAGGGACACGUGACGUACGACUUCACCACGCACGACCAGGACGCGUCGCAGCUGUUUCUGCUUGAUUUCGAGCCGUUCCGCAAAGUGUUCAAUACCAUAGGCAUUAUCAAAUGGACCGAGGAACUGGACGACAGAAAAGUGGCGUCUUUGCACAGAGACCUCAAAUCCCAGCAUCCCAGCUCUCUGGGCCACUACAGCCUGGUUUUCGGGGCUCCAAAGGAUUACAAGAGCGGCGUGCCGAGCGUUUUCGCGGUCCUCAGCGACAUGGCCAACAUCGAGACGGUUAUUUGCGACGUCACGUCGAGUUUUCUCGGCAAUCUUUCUGUCUACGUCUCGGCGUACCAGCACGUGACUCUGAGGUCGCCGGGAAUCGCCAGUGGCAGCGUUGCGAACGGCACUGCGAAGAAGCGUAUUUCGAGCUCUUUCGAGAGCCAGGACAAAAUCAGGGCCCAUAGAAACAAAGGCCGGCGACAGAAACUGUAUGCAAACUUCUACCUGCUGGCCGGUAACCUCAAGAGCGCGCUGGCGGAGUUCUGCGAGAGCAUUCUGAAUUUGCAGUAUGCCGGAGACUAUUUGUGGCUGGCGUCGGGAUUAGAAGGACUGGGCCUGUGCAUGGCGCUGCUGGUGAGGCUGGAGGCGCCUUUCCAGCUGCCGACGGAAAUUCUGGCACUGCUGGAUAACGCGAAAAAGACGACCCAGUCGCCGAUCGUCUCGCCACGGCCGUCUUUCCAGUCGGCAAACGUUUUCCCGGCCCAGCCAACAAGUGCCGUGUACUCGGUCGAGGUGGUGGAAAGUCUGAUCAUCAAGACGAUCAACAAGUCCUUUGCGUACUACAGACAAAGUCUCCAGACGCCCGAGGACUACGCUCCGCCGAUGGUGCUGUGCGAGAGCAAUCUCCGGUACAUCGACUAUCUGAGCUCCGUCAACGUCCAGGACAGCGUGGAGCUUAUUUGCGGCAUUACGAGCGACGUAUUCAACGACCAGUUUGUCCUUUUGCCGCCCACACAGCAGUACCAGAUCUACAACUCCAUGAUACACGUCUACGGGAGACUAAACAUGCGGAGAAAACGUGCUUUCUUGGUCCGCGAGCUCCUGGAGCUUGUUCUCAACCACCAGCUGAUUGCACAGGAGUCCUACGACGGAGAGUUGGAGGAGCUGCUCGACUCUGUGCUGGAAGUCUACGGAAUCGACCGCCAGACCACGCCGAACCAGAUCCAGAAGAAAGUGCUCGUCUCAGUGUUCCGGUUCUGCCACCACAUCAAGUACCACAAGGGAGUCGCAAAGUAUGGCUGUUUUCUGCUGCGCGAUUUCCACGUGAUGCUGUCGGAAAACGAGCAAUCUCAUAUUUUCGGCAUACUUUGCCAGCUCAACGAGGUGUAUCCCUACUGGGACGACCAUCUCGUGCAGGACAUCAGCCUGUACCAGAAAGACAAGCUGAUCCAGGACGAGCUGUGCGAGGCGGCCAUUGUGCUGCAGAACCCGUACCUAUUUGAGCUGGAGGUGAAAAACAUCAGGGUUGCAACCAACGAGUUCCCUGCUAAAACACAGCUGAAUUUGAAGAGCAAGGUCACGGGAACGUCCAACACGUCGAUCACGCUGAAGCCGCGCGCGCACACCACGGUGUCUGUGUUUGUGGUUCCUCUGAACCACGGGAACAUGGAGAUUACUGGCAUUUCCGCCGUGGUGAGCAAUUGCGAGGAGAGGACGUUCGAAUGGCUGGAAAAACAGCCCACAACGGCGAAAAACCCCGUCGCCGUGUACCGCCCCCGGUCGCUGACGGUACCGGUGCUCUACGAACAGCCGCUGCUGAGCCUGGUGGACGUGAAGCUGCCCAAUCGCUGGAUCAUGCUACUCGAAGGCGAGUGCAAGCGGUUCGACAUCGUGAUGAAGAACGCGUCGAACGUCGAGAUCAACCAGCUGACGACGAAGUUCCUGGACUCGACGAUCGAGCCGCUGAACCAGCUGCUCCAGAACAGAAAUCUGCCCCCCAACGAGGUGUACGAGAUCGAGUACUACCUGAUCAAAAAAAAGCCGUUCAAUAUUCUCAACAAAGACAAGGUUGCGCGGAUCGGGCCGGGACAGGAGCUCAAGCUCGAGAUGGAGAUCUGGGGCAAACGGGGCGUGAAGGAGGCCAGCGUGAUUCUGGAGUACUCGCACAGAAAACAGGCCUCGCCGACCAAUUUCUUCCGCAAGCUCACCAUCCCCGUCAACGUGACCGUCUAUCCCAGCAUCGAGCUUGUGGGCUGCGACAUCAUCCCGCUCUCGUCGUCCACGCGGAUCUCGGAGUCCAACCAGGGCGCAACAUGGAAGUAUCUGGAGAAGAUGGUGGCCCGGGGCCACCAGAUGUCUGACUUCUGUCUGCUUGCGCUGGACCUGAUGAAUUCCUGGACGGAGGAGAUGACGGUCACGUUCCAGUGUCUUCUGGAAGGCUCGAAAGACCACGAGUUCCAGCAGUCGAACGACGCGAUCGAAAACCCGCCGGAAGACACCUACACGACGACGAUUGUGCUGCAGAGCAAGAAAAAUGCGCGAACCCUGAUCCCGAUAAAAAGAAUUAAUUUCGACUACGAGUACCUCAACCAACGGGUCCCAAGUCUUCGCAACAAACAGUUCAUCCUUGACACCAAGACGCCGGAACCGGAACAGCGGUUCGUCAAGCACGCGUUCUGGUACCGGCACGAGCUGCUGCAGCGGCUGCGCGCGCGGUGGCAGAUCUCAGCUGCCAACAGCAACUCGAUCUAUGCCGGAAGAGGCGGCAUCAUCGACAUCAGAAGCAUCCGGUUCUCGUCCAAGAUGGUGAGCGCGUUGGAAGUUGAGAAGAUCGGACUGGUUCUGGACGUCCUGGACACCGCAGACCGCGUUGUUGAUCCCGAGUCGCUGGAGCUGAACCAGUUCUACAGUAUUCGUCUGAAACUCACCAACAGGAACUCGUGUGCGGUGGCCGGCAUGCUGCGACACGUUCCCGUGUGCCAUGCGUUAUUUGCGUCGAUCGACAAAAAGAUUUUGUACAACGGCGUGCUGCAGUUCAGUAUUGAGAAGCCUGUGCUGCCGAACGAGUCGCGUGAGUUUAUCCUCGGAGUCGCGUUCCUGGAGAAGGGCGAGUACGAGUGGGGGGCUAUAUUCGACGAAAUGGACGGCUACGACGGGGGAAUCAUCUCGCUGAAACACCAGCACUUGCAAAGGGAGCAGCUGAAAAUAAAGGUGGAUUGA